GGAGCUCCCGCGGCGACACGGGCGACUACCGGCGGGGAAUCCCUCUCUCUUUCACAGCUUCCCUUCCUCCCUCGGCGGAGGUAAGCGCGGCGGCGGAGCGGCGGGCGCCGACGGCUCUUCUCUCCCCGCAACCCCCGGCGGCCCCAUGACCCUGAACCGCGGCGACAAGGUGCGCUGGCUGGAGAAGCGGCGGGGCAGCAUGCCCUUCUCGGCACACCAGCACCUGCACCGGCGCAGCAUGCCGGUGGACGAGCGGGACCUGCGGGCCGCCCUGCCGCAGGGCGAGCUCUCCGGGCUGGUGCGCUGCACCUCCUACAGCCCCGGCGGGGAGCACCGGGAGAGCUGGGCCUCCGACUCCUCCGACUCCGUCAUCUCCUCGGGCAGCGACUCCGACGGCCACCUCUACAAGGUGAUCCUGCUGGGCGAGCACGGCGUGGGCAAGACUAGCCUGGCCCGCAUCUUCGGCGGCGUGGAGGACGGCGCGGAGGCGGAGGAAGCCGGAAACACAUACGACAGGUCCAUUGUCGUGGACGGAGAAGAAGCAUCCCUCGUGGUGUUCGACAUAUGGGAGCAGGAUGACAGCCAAUGGCUUCAGAACCACUGCAUGAAGAUGGGAGAUGCCUAUAUUAUUGUAUAUUCAGUGACAGACAAAGUUAGUUUUGAAAAGGCCUCCGAGUUAAGAAUCCAGCUAAGAAGAGCAAGGCAAACAGAAGACAUUCCCAUUAUUCUUGUGGGCAAUAAAAGCGACCUGGUCAGGUCCCGGGAAGUCUCAGUUGAUGAGGGACGGGCCUGUGCCGUUGUGUUUGACUGCAAAUUCAUCGAGACCUCCGCUGCUCUUCAUCAUAAUGUCAAGGACCUGUUUGAAGGUAUUGUUCGGCAAAUUAGACUUCGCAAGGACAGUAAAGAAGACAAUGCCCGGAGAAUGGCCAACACAAAGAGAAGAGAAAGCAUAGGCAAAAAGGCAAAGCGAUUCCUUGGGAGAAUUGUGGCAAAGAACAAUAAGAAGAUGGCUUUCAAAGCAAAAUCAAAGUCUUGCCAUGACUUAUCUGUGCUUUAGAAGCAGGUGUUGCAUGUGGGUGAUGAAGAAGCACUGCUAAGAGAAAUGUCUGGAUGAUCCUCAUGGUGAUAACAAGAAGGACUUAUCAAUUAAGACUCUCGUUAAUGCCUUAAGGUGCACAAGCAAGUCUGGAAGUUACACUACACUGUCUGCUUCAUUGAUAAAUGGUUUAACUUUCAAAGUGUGCAAGUAAAUGAACUAACUCUGAAUAAGUGGCUUGAUAUGCCCAAACUUUCACUGUGUACAUAUGUUAUAUAUCCUCUUGUCCUGUGGAUACCAGAGAUGCAAAGAUAAGAAAUGAUGAUGAUAAGUAUCACCAUAGACUUGUCUUGUUUGCAGAGCAAAACUUAAACUUGUACGCAGGCUCGUACACUCUUUUUAGUAUAAAGCAAGCAAUGAUAAAUCUUUUUAAACUUAAAUGUGGGGAGGGAGGGAUGGAGUAGAACCACAUUAGAAUGGGAGAAAACAAAUUAUAUAUAUACAGUUAAGUACAGAACAGAUAGCAUUUUAUGAAGUUAAUUUGCACUUCCAUUAACAGUUAUUCAAUUAAUUUGUUACUUGUUUACAUGCAGAUUUUAUAAUAAAGUAUUAUUUCCUGUUAUAAUAAACUGUGCUUUUCUCAUAGUA